GUGCAGGUGACCCCGGUGCAGAAGGUGGUCCAGCUGCUGGAGAACAUGAAGGAGAAGGGCACGAAGGAGAUGCAGGAGGAGGACGUCCAAUACACGAAGUUCAAGCAGUUCUGUGACAUGACGCUGGGGGAGAAGGAGGCGGCCAUCAGUGAAGCGGCCGACAAGAUCGAGACCCUCGAGGCGGACAUCGAGAAGGCCGCAUCGGAGGCGGAGCGCCUGGGCAAGGAGAUGUCGGAGCAUCAGGCGGACAUCGAGGCCGCGACGGCGGAGAAGGAGAAGGCGACGGCCGUCCGUGAGAAGGGCCGCACGGACUUCCAGCUGACCCUGAAGGAUUACAGCGAGUCUAUCGAUGCCAUCGCCCGUGCACUGAAGGGCCCAGCGCCGAAGACCUACGAAUUCCAGUCCGGGGGCGUCAUCAGCAUGCUCGAGGGCCUUCAGGACAAGUUUGUUGACGAGCGCAUCAGCCUGGAGAAGGAAGAGCAGAAGAAGCGCCAUGCCUACGAGAUGCUGGCCCAGAGCCUGGAUUCGCAGCUGACCCAGUCCAAGAAGGAGCAGGAGGAGAAGGGCCAGUUCAAGGCCAAACAGCUACAGAGCAAGGCCUCAUCCGAGGGCGACCUGGGUGAGACUAAGGUCGAGAAGCAGUCUGACGAGAAAUACUCCACAGACCUCAAGGCCACCUGCAGCAAGAAGGCCGCGGCCUUUGCGGCACGCCAGAAGCUGCGACAAGAGGAGAUCGAGGCUAUCGAGAAAGCCAAAGGCAUCAUCGCCGGAGAGGCAGUGGCUGGCAGUGCAGAGAAGCACCUGCCCAGCCUCUUGCAAGGCCCAAAAAGGACGGCUUUGGCGUUCCUGCGCUCCGAGGCCACCCGCGAGGAGAAGACCGACGCAGUGGACGAGCUCUCUUCAGAUGCAGACGAGCUUUCCACGGCCAUCGGCAAGCUCGGCGAGGAGGUUUCGGCAUUGAGCAAGCAGGUUUCAGAGUUAGAUGCCGACAUGGCCAAAGCCACGCAGAUGCGGGAGGAGGAGAGUGCCAAGAAUGCUGCCACAGUAAAGGAUGCCAAGGAGGCACAGGCGGCCGUAGCCCAAGCACUUCUCGUACUCCGAGACUUCUACAAGAAAGCCGCCGGCGCCACCUCCUUGGCGCAGACGCGGCGGGGCGAGGCGCGGGCCGAGCCGGAAGUCUUCGGCGACGAGCCUUACACGGGCAUGGGCGGCGAGAGUGGCGGCGUGAUCUCCAUGCUGGAGGUGAUCCAAAGCGACUUCGCGCAGCUGCAGGCCGAGACGGAGGCCGCCGAGGAGUCUGGGCUCAAGGAGUACCAGGAUUUCAUGGAAGACUCCAAGGUUGACAAAGCCACCAAAGUCCGAACGUCGGAGCACAAGGCCAGCAAGAAGCAGGCCAAGACCCAGGAGCUCACCGCAGUUCGGGCGGACCUGCAGGGAACGCAGAAGGAGCUGGACGCUGCGAAGGCCUAUUUCGAGAAGCUGAAACCCGACUGCCUCGACACCGGCGCCUCCUACGCGGAGCGCCAGGCACAGCGGAAGCAGGAG